GAGAGUAUACAUGUAUGUCUCGCCCUCUGGGAGGAUCAGCAGUUUUUUAAGUUUCUUUUUUAAAAAGACAAGUUUCAUGUGAAAAACUGCAGUGAAACACGUCUUUCACGCACCGGGACAGCUGGACACUUUACUACCACGGACUGGAGAGUCUCUGUAGGAUUCGGAUCUGAGUGAAGCACCAUGUCAGAACCGUUUGACUGUGAGGGCUGUAAAGAGUCACUGUACGGCAGGAAAUACAUCCAGAUAGACGAUGUACCACAUUGUGUUCCCUGUUACGACCGUUUGUAUGCCAACACCUGUCAGGAGUGCAAAGAGCUCAUCGGACACAACUCAAGGGAGCUGUAUUAUGAGGACAGACACUACCAUGAAAACUGUUUCCGCUGCUCGCGCUGUGGACGUUCACUGGCCGACGAGCCAUUCACCAAUCAGGAAGGCGCUCUGGUGUGUAAUGACUGUUACUGCAACGAGUUCUCUUCUAAAUGUGUGGCCUGUGACAAGACUUUGAUGCCAGGUUCUAAGCGGUUAGAGUACGGGGGAAGCACCUGGCACGAGGAAUGCUUUGUUUGUUGUGGUUGUGAGGAGCCCAUCGGCGCCCAGGCGUUCAUCCCAGAUAAGGGUGACUACUACUGCGUGCCCUGUUACGAGGGACGAUUUGCACCACGCUGUGCUCACUGCAAACAGACGUUGGUUCAGGGUGGCAUUACGUACAGAGAAGAGCCCUGGCAUAAAGAGUGCUUCCUGUGUACUGGUUGCAAAGUCCAGCUCGCCGGGCAGGCCUUCACCACUCAAGGGGAAGACCCGUACUGCGUCAAAUGCUUUAGCAACCUGUAUGCCCAAAUAUGUGUCGCCUGCAACAAACCCAUCACAGGUUUUGGAGAAGGGAAGUACAUCUCGUUUGAGGAUCGUCAGUGGCAUCAGCCGUGUUUUAAGUGCUCAGAGUGUUCAGUGUCUCUGGUCGGGGCUGGAUUCUUCCCUGACGGAAAAAAGAUUUUCUGCAAAAGCUGCAAUGCCAAAUAAUCCAAUCUUUCCUAUAAAUGUACUAUAGCCGUUUGUGAACAGAUACUCUGUGUAAUAUAAAUACAUUUAUGGAAUUUUUCACAUAGUUUAUAUAUGAAAUUGUUUCAAUAUUACAUUUUUCCAAAUCUAUAUGUUAAAAGUCUCUUUAAAAAAUGACAUGUAUCAUGGCGACUUCAAGAGCAUACAUUUUGUUUUUUUUACCUUGCAUGUGCCAAUGGCUCAAUUUCAUGAAAUGCUGUUGUUUUUAUAAUUGAAGUCCUCUUUUGCAUAGUUUUGCUUUUAGAUUUGAGUAAUUUCCAUGCACCCCAUGUUUGCAUAGUCUUCAAGCCUUUAUAUUGGCUUUAGACAGCAAAAUUCCUCAUUGAAAUGUACAUCUGAACAAUAGACACACUGACCCAAAUGACUGUUAAUCUGUGAACUCAUGCGUUCACUGAGAGCAGAAAAUGCUGUUAAAGCGUGGAGGAAAAUAUUAUUGUCUGUAUUUCACACCGUACACUUGACCAAGUGCACCAUUUAAAUGCACAAAUGCAUGCAUUUAUUAUCUCUCACAUUUUAAUAUAUAAAAAAGUAUUAACAAUUCAAACAAAUGUUUAUAUGAAUAUUUCAGAUGUUUAAUGACAUUUUUGCGUCGCAUUUGCAUUGCAUUGUAACAAAUAUAUACAAUGACCUCUUUAUUGAGUCUUUGAAAACAACAUUUAUUCAAGUUGAAGCCAAAUGAUGUCAUACUUUGUAUAAAUGUUAUGUACUAAAUAGCUGCCCAACAACAACAUUGCCCAGCAUAUUUGCUUAGAAUAAAAAGAUAUUUAAAAUGCGUAAAUUCAAUUUGGAGCUUGUAUGUCCCAUUUGA